AGGCCCACGACGUUUCAAAUUCCCUCAAAAAAUCAUUAAAUGAUUCAUUAUCUUUAAACAUUUCCAUUCACCAUUACAAUUAUAUUUUCUAUACUACAAUAAUAUUUCUUCCGUAAAGUAAUUACGAGUAAUUAUUAUUAGUAAAAGCACUUGUUGGAAGGGGAAAAGUGUAAACAAACACCGGCGACACCGGCGACACUUGAAUGAGCAAUUGUUUUCGAAGAAAUGACAAUGAAGUAUUGAUGGAUUCAUGAAUGCACGUAAAAUUUAUCGAAUUCCACGAUAAAAAAAAAAAAAAAAAAAAACCCUGACGAUCUCUCGUUCUAAAAUGAAUGGAACAACACCAAAAUCAGACCUGCCAAAAGGGAAGAAACGUCUGUUCUUGAACAACAACAGCAUGAUGGAAUCUCCAGGACAAUCGAGUGCUGCAGUGUCUCCUGGGGAUGGCUUCAAGGUAUUCGUGAAGCUAAAACCUCCGCCAAAAGGUUUGAAACUCGUUCCCUCUCAGUUAAAACUGUACCAGAUAUUCAAAUCAUCAGUAAUCGUGAACCUAGAGGACGCCCAGCAGGAUCCAAGCAAGAAUGUUGAUGUCGUGGGUAAAAGAUUUCAGUUUCAAGAAGCCUUUGGGGGUGGUAUCACCCAGAAGGAGGUCUUCGAACGGGCAGUUAAACCCCAGGUGAUGAAUCUCAUGAAUAAUCAGGAUGGAGCAGUGAUGGCCUAUGGUUCCACGAACUCAGGGAAAUCCCACAGUCUUCAGGGUCCACCCGCAGACCCAGGGCUCAUCUUCAGGGCUUUGGAGAUGAUUUUCACCCAGAUCGAACCCUCGACCGUUCCUAAUUACAGACCAACGGGCUACAACACCGUGGAAACCCUUGAUUCAGAAAAAAAAAACUCAACAGCUGCGCUGAAAAAACGAAUCCUGUCACCUCUACGCAGAGACCAAGUGAAUCCAUUCUCAAGAUUCUUGGAGAGAAUAGCAGAUUAUUAUCCUGGAGGAUUGAGGCUGGGGCCUCAGCACGAGGUUUGGAUGUCGUGUUUGGAGAUACGAGAGGAAAACUACUGGGAUUUACUGCUCCCUGAGGAUGAGAGGACCUCUGAGCCCCUGGAGUUUCAUAUUAAUCCCAAGGGACAGACUUUCGUCAAGGGGUUGACACAUCUGCACGUGAUGUCAGUUGCCGAAGCUCGUGAUGUCCUGGUAGUUGCAAAAAUCAACUCGAAGAGAUUGAAUUCCAUGAGAUCCAAUCCGACGAUAUCAACAAUAAAGUCUCACUGCAUCUUUAAUGUUAUAUUGUUGAAGUACCAGGAGAUGAAUAAUCCAAGGGGAGUGCAGAUGAGUAGAAUUUCGUUCUGCGAUCUGGCAGCUCACCAGGAGUCUCCAGUCAUCGAGCCAAGUCUACUAGCUCUCCUGAAGUCCCUCAGAGCUCUCUAUCUACACCUGGGAUUCUCAAAUAAAUCCCCAGAGUACUUCACUCCCUCCAAACUCACUGGACUCUUCAGGAAUCCACUAACAGGCUCAUCAUCGCUCUCCUUGAUUGUUCACGUGAAUCCUGACCCUGGUGCCUACAAAGACACCCACGCAGUUCUGCAUUCCACUGCAAUUACAACAGAAAUCCUGACAAAAGUCAGGAUUGUCAAUCCUCUAAGGGUCAGGACGUCCUUAAUUCGAUUGGGCAUUGACGAGGACUUCUCCCACGAUGACAACCUGACAGCAGAGAAAGUGGAGGAGCUCCUAACGUCUUUCAAGCUUGAGCAGGAAUUUUAUAGGCAUUUGCAUCUGAACACUACCAUCCAGACCACCAAGAUGAUAAUCGAGAAAUAUACUUUGAUGAUGAAUAAAAUAGAUAAAUGCAUCAGGAAGAAGCUGGAAGCAACACCUUCUGGACAACCUGAAGAUCCAGAGGUAGUCGAGACUCGAAAGACAUGUGUCGAUAAUCUGAAGAGUAUUUUUCAGUACCUGGAGGAGAAUAAAUCCUCAAAAGAGUUACGACUGGCUGAUGAUGAGGAGGAACUCAGGGAGAUAUCCUCUCGUCUACCCCCAGGAUUCGGAGGGAGCAUCCCCGAGGGGGUAAACCCUGAGAUUUUCUGCCUCAGAAUGAUCCAGAAGAGGAAGGACCAGGACAGGAGGAUGACGGAUCUUUCUAAAUCGUUGAAUGAGGCUGGAGAUCAGCUGGGAAUUGUUCAUCGUGGGCAUUUAGAGAUCGAGAGGAAGCUGGGAGAGGUGGAGAGAAAGUACGUUGGAUUGAAGGUUCUGAAUGAUAUGGAUGGAAUAAUUAAUAGACACGUAAAGGAUUCACAGAGGCGAGAGGAUAGACUCCAGGGGCUCAGGAAAAUGGAGGACAAGAUGGAGCUGCAGAAGGAGAGACUGAGGAUUUAUGGGAACCAGUGGGGAAUUUCCUUUGAUGAUUGGGUGGAGAUGGAGCAAUUGGGUGAAGAUCGUCGAGAUUUUGAUGAUGAGAAAGCGGCGGAGUCUUCUGGGGAUGGUCGUCUUCAGGGACUAGGUGCUUUAAAUGAGGACUUGAUGGGGGGGAGGGCUGAGCUCUCAGAUGAUGUGCAUGAAGGAAUUCUCCAGGAGUUGGCGGCUGAACUUGAAACUCCAGCUGGAACUGGAGAUGAGACUGAUGAUAUCGUUGAUGAAGGAAAAGAAAUUGAAAAUAUUACUUCUCAAGGUGCCGUUCGUGAUAUCACAGAGGGAGAAGAGGCAAAUGGUUCCAAUCAAAUGCAUCUGGAGGUGAUGGAAGAGCUGGAGACUCGGCUCGAGUCUUUCAAGCAGGUGAAUCAAGAGGAUUUGAUCACCACUUCUUCGAUGGGCAUUCAUGAAGCAAAAGAAGAAGGUUCUGAGGUUUCUGAUCGACAGGAGACAGGCUUGGACACCUUGGGAGCAGUUCAAGGAGUUGAUGGGUUUAAUGGAGCAGGAGUUCAUCCUCCAGGUGCAAUCGAUGGCUUCACAGAGAGAGGUAAUUAUUUCAGUGACAUGCAGCUGGAGAUUAUGGGAAAAUUGGAGAUUGGACUGGAGUGUUCUAAUCACUUGGAUACACUGAACCACGAGAUCAACAUGUCAUCAGAAAUUGGAACAGCAGAAAUCGAAAUUUCCACUGAAAUUAAUGAACAAUCGAUAAAUCAAACCCCAAAAACUGUUAUAGAUCAUGUCGUCAGAUCAUCUGAGUCUAAUGCAGCAGGCAUUCCUGCUGCUGAAGAAUCAUCGUCUUCUGGAGCUUCAACUUCAGCUCGAAUUCCUCAUCAAGGACCUGGAGAUGUCCAGGAACAGCUGAAAGAGUUGAAGAGUCUGUGUGGAGGAGAUAAUUCUGUGAGAGACGUGACGAGAACAACUGAAUCCGAUCCAGAAUCUCCAAAAUUCGUUCCCCAGAGUGAACUCGAUGUCCAGGACGUGGAGAAACCCCUGAAGAAAUUCAAAGGUAAAAAGAAAGAUCAUUUAUCCCUCGUUGGAUCCAGCCAGCCACCUGUCAACAAUCGUGAGUUCGAGGAAUUAUUCUCAAAGGAUGAGGAUGAGGGCGAGGAUGGCAGCAUUGCUCAGACGAGAAGGAGUAAAAGGAUUCAAAUGGCUAGUCUAAAAAAAUCCAGGCUGAAUUACGCGGACGAAGGAAACAUCCCUUUGAGGAGGAGCGACCGAAAAAAAACUCCAACUCGACGAUUCGUCAGCCCUGAGGUGUCUUUUGGCCAACGAGAGAAGAGAAAUGCCGAAUCUCCACCUAUUUUAUGUCAUAAGUGCAAGAUCUAUAUCCUCGAUGGUCGUUGCUAUCGCUCUGCACUUGGAGCAACGAAAUUUGAACUGUGCAAUGAGUGUUUUGGGAAAUAUGGGCAUGAGUACACAAUUAAUUUCGUGGAGAUAUAAUUAUUCGGGGGUUUUUUUUUUCUGGGAGUUUGUGCUUUUUAAGUAAUGACUUUUUUUUUUUUUUUGAGUUCUUUCGAUUUUAUGACACGUUGAAAGACCGGGAAAUUAUUUUGUAAAAUGUUUCCAGUAUAUUCUCAAAGAUAAGAGAUUUUUAUUGAUAGGUUUUCGACAUUUUAAAGUCGGAAUCAAUUUUUUUUUCUGUUUUCAAUUUUUUUUCAUGUUCUGAAUAUCCUAUGAGAAUUAUUCGAAUCGAUAAAUAACUUUUGAUUUUGAUUU